AUGAGAAUCGAACCUGCUGCAUUCAAAAAGACAAAAGACGAGCUCACUGAGCUCAUUGCAUUGUUUGAAUCUGGUAAUCGUGUUAUUUCUACUGGUAUUACAUUAGGUGAUAUUAACUAUGAAGUACAUAGAUAUUUCGAAGAAAUGAUAGUUGGAAGAAAAGCAGAAGAAGCAGAGGGUGAGGGUAUUGCACUUAUUAAAGUACCGGUCAAGUCUGCAGCUACAAACACAGACUCUGGUCAAUCUAUAUAUAUGUUAGCAACUUACAAACUACCGACAUUAUCAUCGAAGAUAAUACCAAUGAUGAAAGAAUAUUGUGCAGAAUAUACUGUAUAA